UUCCCCACAACAAGAAGGGCUCUUCUGUCGUGUUAAUCCGUGCGGCGGUCCGUGACUAGUGGCGACCUAGGUACUUUAAGUAUCACUUCCUGGAUCAACACUCUCCUUCUUGAUGAAGUUCGGUAGCACAGCAGCAUGUGUAGAGAACAUGUGUUGUUGUAUUGUUUUUGGGGAUUCUUACAAUUCUUUUUUACUGUUGUUGCUUACGAGAACCUAGCUUUGAAUAAGCCAGCAUGGCAAAAGUAUCCAUUCAGCUAUUCUUUUUGGGGGGCGGACAAAGGUGUAGACGGACGGAAGUCGAGUCUGUCUGCUACGGGGGGACAGUGCGUGAUAUCGGCCAACAGUCGGUAUACAGCAGAAUGGCGGGUAGAUCUAGGAGACGUACUCAGUAUACAUUACAUCUUCAUACAGUACAGAACGGACGAUUUCGCCUGGAAUGAAAACAAUGAUUACACUGCAAGAUUCCUGGGAUACUCUGUUUACGUAUCAAACUCAACCAAUAAAGAGGACUGGGUUCUGUGUUUCAAGGACACUAAUUAUACCAGAGCCACAAUCCCCAACCCUACAAACAUAACGUGUGUCACACACGGGAGAUACGUCAUCUACUACAGCGACAAGACACGCCCCCCGUACCCUGACGGGUAUCAUCAGUUCGCAUUCAACGAAAUAUGUGAACUUGAAGUCUACGGGUGUCCCACACCAGGAUAUUAUGGACUGGACUGUUCCUUACCGUGUCCCCGGAACUGUCAGGAAGGUCGCUGUAACAUAGUGGAUGGAUCGUGUCUGGGCUGUGUUCCGGGAUACACUGGACCGACUUGUGUUUCAGCAUGUACUGAUAACAAGUACGGUCUGGAGUGUAACUCUACGUGUGGUAAAUGUUUGAAUGGUGCACAGUGCAAUCACGUGAACGGAAGUUGUCCAAUCGGAUGUGACGCAGGGGUGUUUGGUGACAAAUGUGAUAAACAGUGUCCUAUUGGAUUGUUUGGGUACAAUUGUCGGGAGAAUUGUAGCGCGAACUGUGGAGUUCCGGGGAGAUGUGACAGGGUCACGGGAGAGUGUGAGGGAGGGUGCCAGCCAGGAUGGAGUGACCUCCAAUGUAAAAUAAAGUGUGAGGCGGGUAAAUUUGGUCAAAACUGUAGGGAGUCCUGUGGGAACUGUGUACAGAAUGAAGCCUGCCAUCAUGUUAACGGCUCCUGUCUAAAUGGGUGUGAUGCAGGAUAUGAAGGAACCAACUGUACUCAAGGUUGUAAAUGGGGAUCCUAUAGUUACAAUUGUAACGAAACAUGCCAGGCAGUUUGUGCAAAUAAUGGAACCUGUGACGUCAUAACGGGAACAUGUGAACAGAUUGGUACACCAAACAAUGGAGGUGACAACACCGCCGUUAUUGCCGGUGUGGUUGUGGCAGUAGGUCUAGCCAUCGUCCUCGUUGUCUUUAUCAUUGUUUUUAAGAGAUUGAGAACAACGAAGUCGAAGGAUGAAAUGCAACGAACUGAAAGACGUAUACUAGAGAGGGAAGAGAAUGCACAUUUGCACAAUGGAGGCGAGAACACUGGUUUUUCCAACAUCUAUGAAAAUAUGGAAACCGAUGGUAACUCUGUUUUGAAGUCUGAGAGCAAUAAAACCUCAUUAGAUACACCCAUUGAGAAAAAAUAUGACGUCAGAGAUGAUGACACUGAUGACGAAGGCAUUGACAAUCCCUAUGGAGACAUGUAUUUAAAUGAGGAAACUAUAUGUGAUAUCCUCAUUAGUGAUAUCGAAAGUGCAAUAAAUGAAAGGAGAGAAAAUGAUGAUGAUGGAUUCAAAAGAGAAUAUGCUAUGUUGCCGUAUGGAGAACAACAUCCAUGCGAAGUUGGAAAACGCCAGGAAAAUCUAGUCAAGAACAGAUUCAAAACUACAUUCCCUUAUGAUCACUCAAGGGUCGUUCUGACAGAACCAGAUAAAUCAUCUAAUGACUAUAUCAAUGCAAACUACAUCAGUGGAUUGGAUGAAGAGAAAGUGUAUAUUGCAUCACAAGGUCCCAAGCAGACCACGUUGAAUGACUUUUGGACAAUGAUCUGGCAAGAGAAGGUCACACAAAUUGUGAUGCUGACCAACUUAAAAGAGGGAGUGAAGGUGAAAUGCAUUCAAUACUGGCCAGAAAAUACGAAAUCAAGACUGCAUGGAAAUAUCGUCAUCAAGAAUGUGGAGGAAAAACAAUACGCUUUCUACGUCAUACGAAAGCUGUCAGUUUCCCACAAACAGCAAAAUAAGUCACGUGUUGUUAUGCAAUACCACUACACCACGUGGCCUGACCAUGGUACCCCAGAUCCUCUUUCAUUGGUUGUUUUCCAUAGUCAUGUGAUGAGAACAAGGACCAAUAGAAAUAAAUCACCAAUACUUGUUCACUGCAGCGCAGGAAUAGGUCGCACAGGAACCUACAUCGCCUUGGAUGCUCUAUACAAGGCUGGUAAAACGUCCGGUAAAAUCAAUGUAGCGGAGUACGUCAAGAUAAUGAGGGCAAACAGAAUGAACAUGGUCCAAACAUAUGAACAAUAUAAGACGAUAUUACUGGCAUUAAACGAAAAAUUUAAAGUUUCUUUAGAAGCACAAAGUCUUGCUGACUUUACAAAGAAAAUAGAAAGUAUGAGAGGGGAUCACCCCGCUAAUCAUGCAGGCAUCAGGAAGGAGUUUGAGAAACUGAUGGAGAUUCGACCGCAAUACACAAGUGUUCACUACAAGAAUUCCAGUCAGCAUUUAGACAAUAAAAGUGAAAACAUUGCAUUACCAUUGGACAAAUACAUGUUGUAUCUGACAUCAGUUGUCGGUAAACGAGGCAACGUCAUCAAUGCGAUUCAUGUAUCAUCUUACCAGAAAGAUAGAGCGUUUAUAGUGACGCAAUACCCGACACCAGAGGACGCUGUGGACUUCCUGCGCCUGCUCAAUGACCAUGAUUCUGAAACAGUCAUCUGCAUGAAUCCAUUAUAUGAAAUAGAGUCGUCCAAGACAUGGUUUCCAGAAAUAGCGUCCUCUAAGGACGUGGCACCAUUUGUCGUUCAGCACGAGUCUGAGAGUGACACCGAGGUCAAGGUCACUACAGUCAACAUCAUACACGGGGAGGAGACACCUCAUUCCGUAGUGAUUGUAGAACCCAAAGGACAACUGAAAUCAACCGGAACUCCUCCAGACACAUCGUUUCUUCGAAGCUUAGUAUUAUAUACUCAGAAUCUUUCAACAGAAAACCCCAUUACUAUUGUCAGCAAGGAUGGUGCUUCUUUAUGCGGUGUGUUCUGUGCUGUGUUUAACUCCAUACAACAAAUCAAUAUGGAUGACAACAUUGACGUGUUUACAACAGCCCGACAACUACAGACAAGGAGACCAGAGUUCUGUUCCACACAGGAUGAGUAUUCCUUGGUGUAUUCAACGUUACAGGAUUACAUUGAAACAACAUCAGAGAAUGUUUACAGCAAUCAAUAGAAAGACAUGUUUCGGAAGUUUGCAAUUCACAUUUUAAAAAAAAUUAAACAAUGUGAAAAAUUCAAGUUAAAGAUAAUCAAUGUAAAUUGAUCCAAUUCUGUUUAAUUGAAAGGAAAAUUGUUUCUAUGCAUGUAUUGCCAGAGACCCCUAUCUGUAAGAAUUAUAUAAUCUAUGUAAUGUACACCCUGUUCAUUUCCUGUAAAUGCAUCUUGAUUCCUUUAUAAUUUCUUAUCUGUACACACGCCAUGUUUUCCCA